UGGUGCAGAGCAUGGCGGUGACGUCAGCGCUCCGCCCGGGCGGCAUCCCGCGCGGCCGAGCCGGGGACAGCGCGAGCUGCAGCCGGAGCAGGAGCGCCGAGACGCGCCUCCGGAACGUAGAGUAACAAUCACAACCCCACAUUCCGGGCGAGCGCGAGCGGGAAGGGAUGCGACUCGGGUCGAGGCGCCGCGCGAGUGCCCUGCAGCCGACGUGAGCGCCACCAGCCGCGGCGGCCCAGGAGCCCCGCCAGGCCGGGAGGUGGGGUGAGCGGCGGGAGCCUGUCUGCCUUCCUGCCUGCCUGCCUGCCUGCCUGCGUGCGUGCGUGCGUGCGCUCCUCGCCGGUGCUCGCCUGCGUCCUGGAAGCGGUGGCCGCGGCGGCUCCCUCCGGCGUGCAAACCCCGCCGCCGCCAGCGCACCGGCCGACGCUGCGGAGGGGAGAAGCUACUCUCUGCCUGCCAUCCCCCUCCCCCGGCCCUCCCGGGAAGCAGCGGCUUCAGCAAGACUGGACCCGGGCACCGGGUGGCACAGCCCUCUAGCCCUUGUCCCGGGGUGCCUGGCGGGGAGAGGACGCAUCUCCUAGGGCCCCCCCCCCCCCCGGGAGAAAGGAAGCGGCAGCCCCCUUCCAGCGUCCACGCACCAGCCGAUCCGGGGAGGGGGCCGAGAGGCGGCGACGGCCAGCACCCGGCACCCUAGCCCCCUCCCCCCGGGACCCGGAGCUUCCAGCCCCGAUCCACGCCACCAGGAAGAAGGCGCCUGAGCUCGCCCGACCCGACAGCCGCCGCAGGAGGUGGGGGCGAGGAGCGGGCUGAACCCGUUCGGCGCCCCGGCGGUGGAGCCCCAGCGGGGAGGCACUGCGCCGGCGGUGGAGACUCGCGCUCCCUCCAGCCCCUGGGGCAGAACUUUCUCGCCCCCCCCCUCCUCGUCCCUCCCCCGCAGCUGGACUCCCUCCCUACCCAGCCCGUCCUCCCGCAGGAGAAGGCGCCGCGGAGACAGCCCGGGCGGGGGCCUACCUUCCCCGGGGCUGGCAUCAUGUCGGCGGCGCAGGUGUCCUCGUCCCGGAGACAGUCUUGCUACCUGUGCGACCUGCCCCGAAUGCCCUGGGCCAUGAUCUGGGACUUCUCCGAACCCGUGUGCCGGGGCUGCGUCAACUACGAGGGCGCCGAUCGCAUCGAGUUUGUGAUCGAGACCGCGCGUCAGCUGAAGCGAGCGCACGGCUGCUUCCAGGACGGCCGCUCCCCGGGGCCGCCGCCGCCCGUCGGGGUCAAGACGGUGGGCUUGUCCGCCAAGGAAGCGGCGGCGGCGGCGGCGGCUGCAGCGGCCGCCGCACAGCAGCAGCAGCAGCAACAGCAGCAGCAACAGCAGCAGCAGCAACAGCAGCAGCAGCAGCAGCAACAGCAGCAGCUCAACCACGUCGAUGGUUCCAGCAAGCCUGCGGUGCUGGCGGCCCCGUCCGGCCUGGAGCGCUACGGCCUGAGCGCAGCCGCUGCCGCUGCUGCUGCCGCCGCCGCUGCCGUGGAACAGCGAAGCCGGUUCGAGUAUCCGCCACCGCCGGUGAGCCUGGGAACCAGCAGUCACGCCACGCGGCUGCCCAAUGGCUUGGGGGGCCCAAACGGCUUCCCCAAGUCGGGACCCGAGGAGGGACCCCCAGAACUGAACCGCCAGAGCCCCAACUCGUCCUCGGCGGCGGCCUCGGUGGCGUCUCGGCGUGGGACGCACAGUGGGCUGGUGACAGGGCUGCCCAACCCAGGGGGUGGCGGGGGCCCCCAGCUCACGGUGCCCCCGAACCUGCUGCCGCAGACGCUGCUUAACGGCCCAGCCAGCGCUGCGGUAUUGCCCCCACCCCCGCCCCACGGGCUGGGCAGCCGCGGGCCCCCGACGCCCGCGCCCCCGGGAGCUCCCGGAGGCCCGGCUGGUCUCGGGGGCGCCUCGGGCGCCACGGCUACGGCGUCCUCGGCAGCGGCGUCUUCCACCUCGUCGUCCUCGGUGGCCGAGGUGGGCGUGGGUGCCGGGGGGAAGAGGCCCGGCUCGGUGUCGAGCACCGAUCAGGAGCGCGAGCUGAAGGAGAAGCAGCGCAAUGCCGAGGCCCUGGCGGAGCUGAGCGAGAGCAUGCGGAACCGCGCGGAGGAGUGGGCCAACAAGCCCAAGAUGGUGCGGGACACGCUGCUCACGCUGGCCGGCUGCACGCCCUACGAGGUGCGCUUCAAGAAGGACCACUCGCUGCUGGGCCGCGUCUUCGCCUUCGAUGCCGUCUCCAAGCCCGGCAUGGACUACGAGCUGAAGCUGUUCAUUGAGUAUCCCACGGGCUCGGGGAACGUGUACUCCAGCGCGUCCGGGGUGGCCAAGCAGAUGUACCAGGACUGCAUGAAGGACUUCGGCCGGGGCCUCUCCUCCGGCUUCAAGUACCUGGAGUACGAGAAGAAGCAUGGCUCCGGGGACUGGCGCUUGCUUGGGGACCUGCUGCCCGAGGCCGUGCGCUUCUUCAAGGAGGGUGUGCCCGGCGCUGACAUGCUGCCCCAGCCCUACCUGGACGCCAGUUGCCCCAUGUUGCCUACCGCGCUGGUGAGCCUCAGCCGCGCCCCCAGCGCGCCUCCGGGCACCGGGGCCCUGCCACCUGCCGCGCCCUCGGGCCGGGGUGCAGCCGCCAGCCUGCGCAAGAGGAAGGCGUCCCCCGAGCCCCCAGACUCGGCCGAGGGCGCGCUGAAGCUGGGCGAGGAACAGCAGAGGCAGCAGUGGAUGGCCAACCAGAGCGAGGCCCUGAAGCUCACCAUGUCGGCUGGGGGCUUUGCGGCUCCAGGCCACGCAGCAGGGGGGCCGCCGCCGCCGCCCCCACCCCUGGGACCCCAUUCCAACAGGACCACCCCGCCGGAGUCAGCCCCCCAGAACGGGCCGUCCCCGAUGGCCGCCCUCAUGUCAGUGGCAGAUACUCUGGGCACGGCGCACUCGCCCAAGGACGGCAGCUCCGUGCACUCUACCACUGCGUCUGCCCGGCGCAACAGCAGUAGUCCAGUGUCGCCUGCCUCCGUGCCCGGGCAGCGCCGCUUGGCGUCACGUAACGGGGACCUGAAUUUACAGGUGGCGCCCCCACCACCUAAUGCCCACCCGGGCAUGGACCAAGUGCACCCCCAAAACAUUCCGGAUUCCCCUAUGGCCAACAGCGGACCCCUCUGCUGUACUAUUUGCCACGAACGUUUGGAGGACACGCAUUUCGUUCAGUGCCCCUCCGUCCCUAGCCACAAAUUCUGCUUCCCUUGUUCUAGAGAGAGUAUCAAGGCCCAGGGGGCCACUGGCGAGGUGUAUUGUCCCAGCGGAGAGAAAUGCCCCCUAGUUGGGUCGAAUGUACCUUGGGCCUUCAUGCAGGGCGAAAUCGCGACUAUCUUAGCUGGGGAUGUUAAAGUGAAAAAGGAGAGAGACCCUUGAACCACAGGGCCACCACCUACUUUUUGCCCCAGACCAGUUCCUCUCCCAUCCCGAGGGCCCCACCCCCACGCCCCUCCCCUUCCCUUUCUCCACCCCUCCAAGAUGUAGAAUUGUGAAUAUAACAAACUGCAAAAAGUUAGUCUUAUGUAUAGACAUUAUUUUCGUCGUAUGUUUCUAUAUUUUGGAACAAAGGUAUGUAACUUCUUCAUUUGAAGGAUAAGCUGGUUUGUGUUAAGCAGUAUAAUAUUGGUUGGGUUAUUCGCAUCAUAAUCGUUAGCAUUUACUUGUGGCAGAAUGUUUGCCUAGGUACAGAAUUAAUAGCCCUUAGCAACCACUGCUGCUGGUGUGUAUUUUUGUAAAUGUUAUGCACUCUGAAAGGAAAAACACACAUGAAAGAAAAAUACUUUUUUUGUUGUUUUGUUUUGCCAAGGCCAGUGUUGCUGCCUAAAAAAAAAAUUAAUAAUAUUAAUGAUGAUGCUAUAAAAUGGUGAAAGCUUCUUUCUAAACAGCCCCAAGUGUUGAGGUCUUCACUUAAUUUUUGUGUUCUGUUCUGUUUUGUUUUCCUGUUUUGUUUGCAAAAUGGUAAAGGGGGGGAUGUUGGGGGAGGGCUGGGGUGUUUUUUUUGUUGCAAGUUUGUGAAGGGGGAAAUGUUUUGGUUUGUUUCUACUGACCUGAAUGUGUUGGGUCUUCACGUGUUGUUUUGUUUUUUGCUUUAUUGAUGCACGGAUGCUUUUGAACAGUAGAGCGAAAUGUUAGACAUGGAGAAUCUGCUCUGUUUGUCCUUUAUACAUUUCUGUAGUUAACAGAACACUGUAAUGUGCCUUGGAGCUUAGUAACUUGUAAUAAAUUCAAUUGAUAUUAA